UAGUCGAACUUGGGGCAUCAGCAAUAGCACGAGACCUGAACAUAAAUCGUUUAUUUCAUAGAUUACCCAUCCAAACCGGACAAAGACUCUUAGAACGACCGCGACUGAGUUCUAGCAAAACACAUUACUGCUAGAGACAAAAUACCGCUCUAAAGAUCAGCAUUUAUUCAAGGGCCAGCUGUAUCCCAGCCUAGCUUUGGUCCCCAGCUGUUACAGGACCAUGCCAGGGCAGCUGCCCCCCAUGGAGCCUCCCCCCUGGGCCUCACCCCCCACACGCCCCCUGCGCUUUCGCCCCCGGACCGAGGCUGUGGACUGGCGGCGUGUCUCUGCCUUGGACGUGGACCGCGUCGCCCUGGAGAUGGACGUGGGUGUCCUGCAGGAGUUCAUCUCCGCAGUAACCUUCUGUGAUGUCAGCGGCGAGAGGUGUCCCCACUGCCGUAACCCUGCAGAGCCAGCGCUGCUUAAGGUGCUGCGCAUGUCUCAGCUCAGCACCGAAUACCUGCUGCACUGUCAGGACUACCUGAGCAGCCAGGUGUGCAGCCUGGAGCAGCGCCUGCAGGGGGCGCUGUCCCGGGCGGAGGAGGAGGCAGGGGAACGGGCCCGCCACACAGCUGAGCUGCAGGCCGCGCAACAGGAGAGCAGACGGCGCAAGAAAAUUAUUUCCACCCAACAGUUUCUCCUGCAGGCCAGUUCCAACAGCUACCACAAGUGCCAAUUCUGUGAGAAAUCAUUCGUCAAUUAUUCCUACUUACAAGCACACCUUCAGCGGAGACACCCAGAGGUUACUGGUGCAGAGAGGCAGAAGAAGAGGCAGGUGGAGCAGGUGGAGGAGGGGAUGCAGGAGCUGAGAGAGAGGCUGGAACUGGCCCAGAAAAGGCUGGAGGCUGAAAGAGAGGCUGACGCUCUCAGGAGGCAGCAGGACCUGGAGGAGCAGCGGAGGAAGGAGGCGUUGGAGCGAGAGAAGCUGGAGAGCUGGAAGGAGGAGGAAAGGAACAAGUUUCAGGAGGAAAUGAGGGACCUGAGGCAGCUCUUCUUGCAGGAGUUCAGAGACAUGGCCAGUAGGAGCUCGUCCAUCGAGACUAAACUGCAGGAGCUCCAGACCAGAGAGGUGACUGCUUCCACCCCGGGCUCCUUACAAGAUGAAGAUGAGCUGCAACAGAGAGAGAAGGAACUGAGGGUGAAACUAUCUCAGCAGAAGAGUAAAUGGAAGAAGAAGUUUAAGGAAAUCCAGAACAGACAUCUGCUGGAGAAAGAGGAGCUGCAGACUGAGACUGAGAAGCUGAGGCGCAUGGCUGCUGACCACAGCCCCGCUGAGCACAGCCCCCCUGAGCACAGCCCCCCUGAGCACAGCCCCGCUGAGCACAGCCCCCCUGAGCACAGCCCCCCUGAGCACAGCCCCCCUGAGCACAGCCCCGCCCUGCAGAGGCUCCAGCACCAGGUGCGCUCCUUUUCCAGACAGGCCAGGCAGCAGGAUGAGCUGCUCAGGGCCCAGCAGGAGACGAUCAGGAAGCUGUCAGCCAGGCACAUACCUGUGGAAGAUGCCCCUGUCCAACAAAUAGUCCAGCAAUCCACUGCAGCGCAGGAUAAGGAAGAGGAGAGCGAAGAAGAAAAAGAACAACAACAAGAGAUGGAGGACUCUGGGGAGACCAGGAGGCGGGUGCUGGAGUCCCUGCGCAGGAACCCGGGGCUGGGGAGGGAGUUCAGGCCCCUGCUGGUGGCUGCCCUGGAGGAGAAGCUGGAGAACAUGGGCGUGAGGAAGGGAACCAAAGGCAUUUCCCGGAAGUCCUUCAGCAGCCUGAGUGUGGCUGUGUCUGGCCAGCGCCAGCUGAGGUUCAGACAGGUCUCUAACCUCCCGGGCCUCAGAAAGGCCCUGGCCAAACAGCUGGCUCGGAGGGUGCGCCGCCUGCACAAGAUGAAGACUACCUCAGAACAUCAUGCAUCUGCAUCACAGGCACAGAGUUGGAACCCUCCUACUCUGCCCUCCGCUAGGACGCCCUCCGCUAGAAAGACAGAAAAGGUUCCGGUGACUCCACAAACAUCAAAGCCCCGUCAACAGAAGAACCGAACCCCUCCCUUCAGUUCAGACGAGGAGUCUGUGGAGGACAGUGCUUAUGUGACCAGCCCCGGGAGCAGGUCGGCCCCCUCCGUCAGGGUGGUGCGCUCUGGGCCCCGGCCCCCCGCCCCCCCCACAGACGACUGGUCCGACUCCGACCUCUCAGAGGGGCUCUCCGCCCCCUCAGCUCACCAUGGCGGCGCGGCCCCAGGUGCGUUUGUUAAGUCACUGACCAGGAGCCUGGAGAGACAGCUGAGCUCCCCUGGGACCAGGCCCCCAGGGGGGGUCAGGGUGGGCCCCCCUCCUGCUGCACCCCCAAAACCUAAGCCCCGCUCUGCUGUGAGACACCUACAGUUAUCGGAGGAGGAGAGCGACCUGGAGCUGUCGUCCAUCGAGGACAUCCUGCCAACAGGAGGCGCAGUGCGGGUGGGGCGGGGCAGCACGGAGGUGGGCGGGACCUCGGGGACCAGCGUGUGGAGCUCCUCCAAUAGCAGGGCAGGAGGACUUUGACAUCCUGCCC